AUGCAUCGUUCAACGUUGGCAGCGCUACUUGCUAUAGCUACUGCAGCAGUCAUCCAGUUAGUGUUGGCUGCUAUCGGUGAUCGAUACGCGUUCGAACGAGUUCUUCCUGAGCCGCGCACUUGCAUCCAAGAUGGUUGUAUUCAGGGAAGAUUUUUCGACGGCCUGGAGGGGGACCAGUACGAGGGAUAUCUUGGAGUUCCUUUCGCUAAGCCUCCGGUAGGCAAGUUACGAUUCAAGAAUCCCGUUCGGAAUCAUCCCUGGAGUGGAGACUACGACGCCACGUGGGAACGCAGUCGAUGUCUGCAGAAGAACGAUCUUCGUCCGAAUCAAACGGUGCAGGGCAGCGAAGAUUGUCUGUACUUGAACGUGUUCCGGCCGAGGAAUGUCACCGGUCCUCUUCCGGUGAUCUUCUACAUCCACGGAGGGGGAUACGCUUCCGGAUCAAACUCGAUGGCAGAGUUUGGACCGGAGCGGUUCAUGGACAUGAAGAAGGUCAUUCUUGUGAUUCCACAGUAUCGACUGGGAGUCUUCGGAUUCCUGUCAACCGAAGAUCGCAUUUCUCCGGGGAACUACGGCUUGAAGGAUCAACUGUUUGCGUUGAGGUGGACUCAACGGAACAUCGCGUACUUUGGCGGUGAUCCGAAUCUUGUAACGAUCGUGGGUCAAAGUGUUGGAGGAAGUUCCGUGCAGUACCACAUGAUGUCCCCGCAGAGCAAGGGACUAUUUGCCAGGGCCGUUAGUAUGAGUGGAAGCGCACUUAGCUUCUGGAACUAUAACGUCAACCCCUUGGUUCUGGCUCGACGCCAAGCGGACGCAGUUGGCAUCCAGAACGUUGAGGUUAUGACUACGAAACAGCUUGUCGAAGCGCUGAGGGAGGUGGAUGGUCUCGAGCUGGCUAAAAGUAUUGACAAGCUGAAGUACUUUUACGUUCACGAUCUCACCCUGUUCCAUCCCACUGUGGAGCGUUACGUGGAUGAAGAAACGUUCAUCAGUGAAGAUCCGCGGGAUUUGUGGGCCGCAGGCAGGUAUCACAAGGUUCCGUAUACGAUGGGUUUUGUUCCAAAUGAAGCCGCGUUUGCUUCUGCCAUCUUACUUACCAAUAAAACAUUGUUGAACGAGCUGAACGAAAACUCCUCCAAGUACAUUCCACGAAUCGUUGGCGUCUAUAAUCCAACGAGUGUUCAAAUGUUGAAAGAUCGAUUCUUCCCGGAUGGAACAAACGAACGAUGGCUAACGGAGAAAAAUGUUGGCAAUUUACAAGAUCUGUUCUCCGAAGCGUUCAUCAAGCAUGGCAUUGAGUUGAGUGUCAAGCAAGCUGCUUUUGCCAAAGCCCAGAGCUCACCCCUCAGUGUGUACUACUUCAACAUCAAAGGGCCGUACUCGCACUCCUAUUACUACACUUACACCUACGGAGAUUUUGGCAUCGUUCACAUCGACGAUCUGAUGUACCUGUUCCGGUCGACCGGUCUCUAUCCAGACUUUGAACGUGGAACGCCGGCGUGGUACGCGUCCAAGGUGUUUGUCGAUUAUUUCAUCAACAUUGCGUAUGAUGGGAUUGUGGGGCCACCAUGUACAGCUGAAAGCUGCGAAAUUCUUGAAUUCACCAACUACAACGAGGUGGACAGCCCGGGUUACCUGAAAGUGAUUGAUAGGUUUGACGAGGAAAAGUUUGCAUUCUGGUAUAACUUGUAUGCUAUGCAGAACUAUUGAGCAGCUGCUAAUUUGUGUAGAUUUAAGGUGUUUAAUCGAAAAAUUCGGAUAUGUUAUUUUGUUGAAUAAAACCACAAAGAAAAAACUUUAA